GAAUGCUGAGCAGUCAAUAGAAAUUCUGGUUCCAAGAUCACCCUUCUGGGUACCUCUCUAACUGCCAAAUUGCUGGGAUCUUUAUAGCUUGAUUCAGUUUCUCAGCUCCAAGUAUUAGGUAAUCUCACAAAGCUGGGGCUGCCCUGGACCUGUGAUGGCUUCCCUUGUCAUCUGCUUCUUUUUGGUGGUGCUGUUUUCAGCCUGCCAUGAAGUCAGCACCUCCUCAGAUCAGCUGUGCAUUGAGAAAGAAGCCAACAAAACAUAUAACUGUGAAAAUUUAGGUCUCAGUGAAAUUCCUGACACCCUACCAAACACAACAGAAUUUUUGGAAUUCAGCUUUAAUUUCUUGCCUACAAUUCAAAAUACAACUUUCAGCAGACUCAUAGAUCUUACUUUUUUGGAUUUAACCAGGUGCCAGAUUAACUGGAUACAUGAUGACACUUUUCAAAGCCAUCAUCAGUUGAGCACACUGAUAUUAACUGGAAACCCUCUGAUAUUUAUGGCAGAAACAGCAUUUAACGGGCCCAAGUCGCUGAAGCAUUUGUUCUUAAUUCAAACAGGAAUAUCCAGUCUUGAGUUUAUCCCACCUCACAAUCUGGAAAACUUGGAAAGUUUGCAUCUGGGGAGCAACCAUAUUUCUUCCAUUAAGCUCCCAAAUGAUUUCCCAGCAGGGAAUCUGAAAGUCCUGGAUUUUCAGAAUAAUGCUAUACACUACCUUUCUAGAGAAGAUAUGAACUCUCUGAAGCAGGCCACCAACCUAAGUCUUAACUUCAAUAGCAAUGACAUUAAAGGUAUUGAGCCUGGGGCUUUCAGUUCACAAUUCUUCCAAAGCUUGAACUUUGGAGGGACUCGUGACUUGUCUGUCAUAUUCAGUGGUCUACGGAACUCUACUAUUCAAUCUCUCUGGUUGGGGACAUUUGAGGACAUUGAUAACCAAUAUCUAAGUUCAGCCACAUUUCAGGGUCUUUGUGACACAUCUGUUGAGAGCAUCAACCUGCAAAAGCAUCAUUUCUCUGACUUCUCCUCCACCACGUUUCGAUGCUUUGCCCAACUCCAGAAUCUGGAUCUAACGGCCACUCACCUGCAAGAAUUACCCUCUGGGAUUGAGGGUAUGAACUCACUCAAGAAAUUAGUUCUCAAUGUAAAUAAAUUUGACCAAUUGUGUCAAAUCAAUGCUGCCAAUUUCCCCUCCCUUACACACCUCUAUAUCAAAGGCAACAUGAAGAAGCUUCACCUCGGUACUGGCUGUUUAGAAAAACUAGAGAAUCUUCAGAAACUUGAUUUAAGCCAUAGCGGCAUAGAAGCUUCUGAUUGCUGCAAUCUGCAGCUCAAAAAUCUUCCCCACUUGCAAAGUCUAAACCUGAGCUACAAUGAGCUCAUUGGUUUUCAGAGGGAGGCGUUCCAAGCAUGUCCUCAGCUAGAGAUCUUGGAUUUGUCAUUUACCCACUUACAUGUGAGUGCACCACAAAGUCCUUUCCAAAACCUUCAUCACCUGAAGAUUCUGAAUCUCUCUCAUAGCUUCCUUGAUACCAGCAAUCAGCUUCUUCUAGCAGGCCUGCCAGACCUUCGGCAUCUGAACUUGCAGGGGAAUCGUUUUCAAGAUGGGAGUAUCCCGAAGAACAACCUACUUCAGACAGUGGGAAGCUUGGAGAUGCUGGUUUUAUCCUCCAGUGACCUCUUGUCCAUAGACCAGCAGGCUUUCCACAGCCUUGAUAAAAUGAGUCACGUAGACUUAAGUCACAAUAAUCUGACAUCAAAUAGCAUUGAUGCUCUUAGCCAUCUUAAGGGGAUCUACCUCAAUUUGGCGGCUAAUGCCAUUGGCAUUAUCUCACCCCAUCUCCUCUCCAUCUUGUCCCAGCAGAGCACUAUUAAUUUAAGUCACAAUCCCCUGGACUGCACGUGCUCAAAUAUUCACUUUUUAACAUGGUACAAAGAAAACCUGCAAAAACUUGAGGACUUGGAGGAGACUGUGUGUGCAAAUCCCCCAUCACUAAAGGGAGUUCAACUGUCUGAUGUCCAGCUGUCCUGUGGAAUUACCCCCGUGGGAAUUUUAUUUCUAACAGUAUUUUUCCUCUUGGUCUCCAUUCUACUCAUUUUCGCAAUUAAAUUCUUUCUCAGGUGGAAAUACCAACACAUUUAGUGCUGAAGGCUUCUAGAGAAGGCAAAUAGAACGUGUUUGGCACAACUGCCUUAACUGGAGAAAUAGUUGGAUGUGGAUAACCAGACUCUUCAGACCAGCUCCUGGUGUUGGGCUGGGAUUGACUGUGCUUUUUAAGUUUUUUACUUUUUACUUUUAUUUUGUUUUGUUUUGUUUUUGUUUUGUUUGUUUGUUUGUUUUGUUUUGUUUUUUUGAGCUUCUUACCCUGAUGAGUCCUUCCUGGCAGGUAAACUGACUGGGGCCAGAGGACCCUGCUAUGGGAGGUACCUUACCAUUUAUUUCCUCACAUGGAAGAUGACUGAAGUUGGGGAGGGAGCCUUGGCAAUGCCACCUGCCUUCCACUCACUGAGAGA